AUGCAAAUCUAAGAUUAUAAAUUUAAGAACGUCAAGAUUGAAGUUCAACUUAGCAUCAAAGAACUCUAACCUAAAUAAGUUGAAGUCCAAUUAUCAUAUAAGGAUUCAAAUGAAUAAAUAUAUAAAAUAAAAAAUCAGUCAAUACUCAUGAAUAAAUAAGAUGAUUAAUGGAUAACUAGUUACAACGCAGUAUUCGAAUUUCAUAAGUACUAAAGCUAUCGUCUCGAUAUAAGUGUAGAUGAGGAUAAAUCUAUUGGCUACAUUUAAUUUUAAUUGGGAGAAUUAAUAAAAAAUGGCACUUAAAUCAAAACAAAUAAUCACUUUACUAUAAAGCUAGAGGCAAAUUUGUUACAAAAAGGAACUCUAUUGUUCCAACAUUGGGCUGGAGAAAAGCUAUUAAAUACAGAUGGAAUUUUCAACAAAUCAGACCCUUUUUUGCAGUUUUUUUAAUGGGAUGAUGAUGAAUGGAAACUUGCUUAUGUAACUGAAUUUAUUGAAGAUAAUUUAAAUCCUACUUGGGUUCCAUUUUCAAUUGACAUGGGCCUUUUAAAUUUCUAUGAUGAUUACAAAAACUUUAAAAUUGAAUGUUGGGAUCACUCGUAAAAGAAUCCUCCAAAACACAAAUUUAUUGGGUUUAUUGAAUUAUCAUAUCAUGAUAUUAUGUUAUCUCCAAGUAAACAAUUUGCGUUAAUUAAUCCAGAACAUAAAAACUGUGGACAUUUAAAAUUAUUGUCAUGUCAGAUUAAGCAUGAAUUAAAUUUUUAUUCUUGGCUUUAAAGUAAACAAAUUUAAAUUUUAAUUUUCAUGGAAUUUAGCAAAAGUUCCAUGAAUAUGCAUGUUAAAUCUCACAACCAAUUAAAUAUAUUUUAAUAGUUUCUUAUUAUUAUAGGAUCCAUUCUAAUUCAAUAUAAUAAAUAAAAUACAGCCUCAUUGUAUGGGUUUGGUGGAAAACUCAAUUAAUAAAAUAAAGAUUUGUAAUUUCUCCUUUUCUAUAUUGACUAGUUUUAUAAUUUCAAACUAAUAAAAUGGGAUUCAAUAGAUCUGCGAAGAUUAUUCAAAAUGUUCUAAAUAUAUUGA